AUGAAUACACAUAAAAAUAAUGACCGUUUUGAUGAAUAUUCUUUGAAUAAUAAUUCAAAUUUGAAUGCAUACGUAAACAUGUCGAAUGAGGCUCACAAUAAUUUUUUAGUAAAUAGAAGGAAUGAUAUGAAUUAUGAAAUGUAUAAUUCUAUUAAUUCUGGACACAUGUCUAAUAUAAAUAAUAAUACAAAUAAUUUACAAGAUGCUUAUAUAAAUAAAGAAUUACAUUAUAUGAAUAGUGAUAAAAUAAAUAUAGCGAAAAAUCAUCAGAAUGUUCAUAUGACGGCAACAUAUAAUAAUAUGGAUAAAAAUAACGCGAAUAAUAAUAUCAUACAUUUAAAUAAUCAUAUAAAUAUGACAGAUGAUCAAAACUAUUUUUAUAAUUCAACAACAAAUAAUAAAAUGAAUAAUACAUUAAAGGAAAAUAACUUUAAUAAUAAUAUGAAUACUGUAAAUAAUUCUUUUUAUCAUAACACCGAUAAUAACUUCCUUAACUUCACAAGAAAUCAAAACGAACAAGAUACAUAUGUAAAUAAUAAUAUCAUUAAUAACUUCAACAAUCAAAAUGUAGAUAAAAACAUUAACAAUAAUAAUAAUAAUCCUAACAAAAAUGUAGAAUCUAUAAAUAAAUUUAACCAUAUAUACAACAUGCAAAACUUUAAUCAUUUCAUUCCUAAUAUAAGUAAUGGAAAAAAUGGGAACCUGGAAAACAACGCAAGCUUAUCCCAUAAUGUAAAUAGUGUAAGUACUAUAAGUGAAUUGCAUAAUUUUAAUUAUAUGAAUAAUAUGGACUUGAAUAAUGUGGAUAUGAAUAAUAUGAACAUGAAUAAUAUGAACAUGAAUAAUAUGAACAUGAAUAAUAUGAACAUGAAUAAUAUGGAUAUGAAUAAUGUGAACAUGAAUAAUAUGAACAUGAAUAAUAUGGACGUGAAUAGUAUGAACAUGAAUAAUAUGGACAACAUGAAUAAUAUGAACAUGAAUAAUAUGGACGUGAAUAAUAUGAACAUGAAUAAUAUGGACGUGAAUAAUAUGGACAACAUGAAUAAUAUGGACAACAUGAACAAUAUGAAAAAUUUAUCAAAUUUUAACAAUUCAUAUCAAUAUAACAGUAUUCCUCAAUUUAAUAGUUCAUCACGUUUUAAUAAUAUAACUCAUUUUAAUAAUGGGAUAUCCCACAAUGUUAAUAAUGUGUCGAAUUUUAGUAACAACGCGCAUUUAGACAAUUCAAAUAAUAUGAAUAGAUUAAAUGCGGUGAAUAAUUUCGGUGACAUUAAUUCUUUUCAUGAUCCAUUGAAUGAAAUGCAAGUAUUAAAUAAAAAUGUAAAUAUGCAGAACGAAAACCAUUUUAAUGUUAUGAAUGAUGAGAUGAAAAAUUAUAACAACGUAAAGCGUAUUAAUAGUAUAUCACAUAUUCCCUAUAUGAAUAAUUUGAAAAAUUAUAAUGAGCAUACGAGUAUGGUGAAAGGAAAGGGAAAUACGAAUAGAAAAAAAAGUAAUAACUUAAAAAUUAAUAAUAAUCCCGGGAGUGUUAAUGCUCGAGCGAUAUCUGAAAAUAAUCAGAGCACUGCGCAUGGUAAUAUUCCCAUGGGAAGUGUUGAUAAGGUGAUUAAACAUGAUCGUAUGGAUAAUGAUCUGAAAAAUAUUAACAAUAUGAAUAAUAUGAAUAGUAUGAAUAAUAUGAAUAGUAUGAAUAAUAUGAACAAUAUGAUUAAUAUGAAUAAUAUGAAUAAUAUGAACAAUAUGAUUAAUAUGAAUAAUAUGAACAAUAUGAACAAUAUGAAUAAUAUGAGCAAUAUGAACAAUACAAGUAUUUUAAAUAAUAAUAAUAAGAAGAUUACUAAAAGAGGAAGGGCCAAGAAAAAUAGUACCAUUAAUAUAAAUAAUAUUAAUAAAAUGAAUAGCACGAAUAACAAGAGUAGUAUGAUCAAUAUGAAUAGUGUGAACAAUAUGAAUAGUGUGAACAAUAUGAAUAGUGUGAAAAAUAUGAAUAGUGUGAACAAUAUGAAUAGUGUGAAUAAUAUAAAUAAUGUGAACAAUAUAAAUAAUGUGAAUAAUAUAAAUAAUGUGAAUAAUAUAAAUAAUGUGAAUAAUAUAAAUAAUGUGAAUAAUAUAAAUAAUGUGAACAACAUAAAUAAUGUGAACAAUAUGAAUAAUAUGUUUAAUGUAAACCCCCAAUUGAAUAUCAUGGGUAUAAUGAAAGAUAUAAAUAACAAUAAUAUAACGGUUAGUAAUAAAAAUAAGCUUAUGAAUAAUUAUAUUAAUGAUAAUAAUAUAAUGAAUAUGGAAGGUAGCAUAAAUGAAACAUAUAAUUUUGAUGGUACAUUAAAUAAUAAAAAUGUUUCCAAUAAUAAUAAUAAUGAUAUUCAUGAUAAAGGUGUUUUAAAUACCUUGAAUAGAAGUAAAAGUAGUUCGUAUAUAAAACCUCACAGAAAUCUUACAUUACCAAUUAAUAUGUACAUGAAUAAUACAUAUAUGUAUAAUUCAAAAGCGUAUGUGAAUUACGAAAAUCAAAAUUGGAUGGCACAACAAGAUUGUAAUGAUAAAAACGGCUUAUCAUUAAAUGAAGGUCCAAGGUAUAAUGAUAAUAAUAAUAAUAACAAUAAUAAUAACAACAACAAUAAUAAUAACAACAAUAAUAAUAACAACAACAACAAUAAUAAUAAUAAUAAUAAUCACAGUAUUAUUAAUAAUAAUAUUACUCAGGGUAUACAUCGUGGAAGUAUGAUAAAUAAUCAACAUUUUGAUGAACUGUCUUAUAACCCUAAUGGUAUUUUUCUUGAAAAAAAUACAAUUACAAAUUAUAAUGAAAUGUUAGGAUCAGGAUAUAAUAAUAUGUAUGAUAAAAAUGCUGUAAAAGGUAAUAUGAAUCUUAUCGGCAAACAUAGUAAUUAUGACUUAAUGAAGAAUGGUAAUAUGAUAAAUGGAUAUAAAUUAAAUAUGCAAGAAGUCCAAAAAGGUAUGAAUGAGGUGGGGAAAAAAAGAGCACCUCGUAGGAGAGCGAAAACAAUUAAUUUAAAAAGUAUAAACCGUUUUAACACUGUUUCGUUAGGUUUGAAGGGAAAUCAUAAUAUGGAAAAUAUGAACAAUAUGGACAAUAUGGACAAUAUGAAUAAUAUGAUUAAUGUGAGUAACGUGAACAAUGUGAACAAUAUGAACAAUGUGAACAAUGUGAACAAUAUGAACAAUGUGAACAAUAUGAACAAUGUGAACAAUAUGAACAAUGUGAACAGUGUGAACAAUAUGAAUAAUACGAACAAUAUGAACAAUAUGAACAAUGUGAACAGUGUGAACAAUAUGAAUAAUACGAACAAUAUGAACAAUAUGAAUAAUACGAACAACAUGAACAACAUGAACCGUAUGAACCAUAUAGAUAACAAUAUGGUUACCAACUUGAAUUAUAUGGAUAAUAAGAUUAACAAUGCAGGUAAUAAUUUGAAUGGUGAAUUUUCAAAGCGAAUUUUAUAUAACCGUUCAAAGAGUACUGAAAAUAUAAAAGAGAUGAUGCAACCUCAUAAUGAAGCAAAUAAUAUAUCAGGAAAUAAUACAAGUGAUAGUAAUAAUAUUACCCUAAAUAAGAAUCUUGUAGAAAUGAUUUUAAGAAAUAACAAACCCAGCAUAGAUAAAAAUAUACAUGAGAGUGUCAAUAGAUCAUAUACCAGCUUCCUAAUGAAUAUUGGAUCCUCCUAUUUAAAGAAAAAAAAAACUGCAGAAAUUAAAACUGGGGAAAAUAAUACCGAAAAUAACAAAGGUAUAGUAAAUGUGAACAGUCAGGUAGAAGAGAAAGGUAAAAGUGAAAAUAAGAGCAUUCUAGAGAUAAAAAAAGAGGGACAAAUAAAAAAUGUCAUAUAUAAUAAUAAUAAUAAUAAUAAUGAAAAAGAUCAAAAUGCAGAUCAAUAUCAAGAUCAAAAUAAAAAUCAUAAGCAAGACCAACGUCAAGAUCAAAAUAAAAGUCAUAAGCAAGAUCAACUUCAUGAUCAAAAUCAAAAUCAAGGUCAACUUCAUGAUCAAAAUCAAAAUCAAGGUCAACUUCAUGAUCAAAAUCAAAAUCAAGGUCAACUCCACGAUCAAAAUAUAAAUCAAGGUCAACUUCAAAAUCAAAAUCAAAACUAUUAUCAAAACUAUUAUCAAAAUCACUAUCAAAACGACCAUCAAAACGACCAUCAAAAUGACCAUCAAAAUGACCAUCAAAACCACUAUCAAAACAACCAUCAAAACGACCAUCAAAACGACCAUCAAAACGAUCAUCAAAACGACCAUCAAAACCACUAUCCAUAUCAAUACCAGGAUCAAGGAGUAAGCAAAGAAAUAAAUAAUAAAGAAAUAGAAGAAAACAUAAACAAAUUAAAUGAAGAGUCAGAUGAAAAUAAUAAUUUGGAAAUUUUGGAUGAAGAAGAAAUAACAAACAAAUCAGUAAUAAGCAAUACAAUGAAUAUGGUAGAACUAAAAAAUGAAAAUAAGAAUGAGAUGAUGAUUAACGAUAUAAAAAAAGAAGAAGAAAUAUCUGCACAAAUAGUAGAACCUGUAAAAAAAAGAGGAAGAAAAAAAGGAAGCAAAUUUGUCCACAAAAAUAUUACUAAUGAACACAUUUUAUCUCAAUUAAAAGAACCAAAGAGAAAAGGAAGAAAACGUAAAAUAUGGAUACAACCAUUAGAUAAUUACAAUAAAGUUGAAGAUAAUAAAUUAAAAGAAUAUACAAAUAAUAUAGACAUAAGAGAUGAUAAUAAAGCAAAUACCCAAAAUGAAGAUGUAACAACAAAUAAUGUAACUACAUUAUGUUGUAAUAAAAAAGCAAAAUAUGAAAGCAUGAAUCCAAAUAGUAUUCGAAAUAUGUUCAUUUUAUUAAGAAAUAAAUUAAGCAAUUUAAAUGUAAAAAAUACCAUGAAUAGUCAUUCAGAAAUAAAUAUGUUAAUUAACAAUUUUAUAUAUAUCUUAAAAAUCAUGAAUAAACAUAAGCAAAUGUUAGAAAAUAUAUAUACCAUCAAUUUUACAAAUAUUGAUGAUAUAUGUGUCCGAAAUUAUUUAGAAAAACAUUUCCCGUUCAUAAAAGGAUAUAGAAAUAAAUAUGAAAUUACUGAUGAUCUCUUCAUGCAGGGAAAUGAUGAUAAUCACCUGUCCAAGGAUAUUAAUUGUAUAAAUGGGAAUGAGGAUAUUGGUUUAAAUGCGAGCUGUGAACAAAACGAAGAGAAUGAAAAUCAUGAAAAGAGUGAUAUGUAUAAUUACAAGAAUGAUAACAGUAUCACAAAUAUGGAGAAGUCUCCAAAUAAUAUCACUCUUGUUCAUAAAAAUAUAAAGGAUGAAGACAAUUUCGAAACAAUAUUUUUAAAAACACGUAGUUCUUUUAGUAGUGUAGAUAGUAAUAUUAUUCAUAUUGAUAAUACACAAAAUUUUAAACUUUCCAAUUCUUCAGAAAAUAAAUUAAACCAAUUUGAAAAAAAAACUGUAUUAUUAUCCAAUGAUAUUUUAUAUGACGCCAAAAAAGAAAUCGAACAAAGUUACAUGAACAGUCAGGAAAAAGAAAAAAAUUACCUGCACUAG